AUGGUUCAAUUCAACAAGCUCGCAGUUUGGCUCCUUGCCCUUGCACUACCCUCCGUCAACGCAGGCACCUACAAGAUGUGCAAAGACAACACCUGCAACGACUGUCCUGUUGGCAUCACCAACGCCGGCACCGGAUACCCGGACUGUGUCACGUAUGAUACUGAGUCGGUCCUGUUCAACCAGGACUUUUCUGGGACCCCCGGGGGGGGCUGGCAGACCUACAUUGAUAUCCCCAAACUUGACUAUCAAUGCCGCAUCAUCAUCAAGUCCCCAGCCAACACCGACAUCGCCGGCUGCGGGUACAUGAUCGCCAGCUUCAGCCAGCCCACAUGCGCCGUGCUGAACCUGGAAAAGACCUUCAUGGUACAGUUCUGUUGUGGAUCUGGUGACUGCAAUGCUGCGGGAGCGUCCAGGCUACUGAAACGGUCGGCCAAGUUCGGCGAAUCGUCGCUGGAUAUCGAAGCCGCUGCCAGCGGGAUGUACAGUCUGGUACUGCAGUACCCCAACGGUACCGAUAUUGAGCCUAUUCGUAUCGGAAGUCCGCCGGUCCUCAGCAGGGAUGAAGGGACCUUGGAAACUGAGAAGACGGGGCACAUCACCGAGAGAGCCGUUUCCCCCUCGAACAGCCUUGACAGCAAACCCACCGUAGACAACAAGGACAACGAGGACAACAAAAACAACAGCAACAACGGCAACAACAACCACAACAACACCACCACCCUAACCACCCGCUCCCGCUGCGAAGCCAACAGCUGGAAGCCCAACGCCGGCCAAGACGAAUACACCCGCCCCGCAGACAACACGCAGAUCGUGCACCCCGCGGUGUCCGGGCCAGGCGAGUUCGCCAUCACCCAGUCGCGCACGCAGACCUUCGCCACCUCGAUGAGCAUUGGGUUUGCCGACAUUUUGUCGCUGGGCGUGAGCUUUGAGAUGAGCGAGUCGGUGCAGGACACACAUGCGACGACUUUUCCUGUGGAGGCGGGCCAGAGUGGGGAGAUUGGGUUUACGUCGUUUUUGGUUUGCACGGCGGGAACCGGCCGAUGUGAUGGCGGUCAGGUGAAAGGAGAGAUUUGCACGCCCAAGGUUAGGAAGGCUGAUGAUGGGUCGUCGUAUUUGGAUGGCAUCUAUUCGCUGGUAAUUCAUUCUUGA